ACUGUGAGUGAGUAGGGGAAUCUUUGACAGAGGGGAUCUCGGUGGGGUCAGGAGGGAAAUGCUGGGAAAGGACACCCCCAAUGGCGAAGUCUGAGGCAUCAGUGGUGACAAAGAAGUGGCGAGUGGGGUCAGCGAUCUUGAGGACGGGGGGCGGUGGUGAUGAGUUGCUUGAGUUUGUCGAAAGCGGCUUGGCGGCGUUCAGUCCAUGUGAAGGAUUCGGUGGCGCGGGUGAGCUCAUGGAGAGGGUAGGAGACGUCGGAGAAGUUUUGAAUGAAGGGGCGGAUGGAGAAAACUUUGCGAAGGUGUUCGAGGUGGGAUUCAAAGGUGGGGCUAAAGACGAGGAUAUCAUCAAGGUAGAUCACGACACAGACUUCGAGGAGGUCGCGAAAGAUGUGAUUCAAGGUGGAUUGGAAUGUGGCGGGGGCAUUGAUGCGAAUCUGGUGGAAGCCCCUGCGGAGAUCAAUCUUGGUGAAAUACUUGGCCCCACGGAGGCGAUCAAGAAGCUCGGAUAUGCGAGGGAGUGGGUACUUGUUCUUGAUCGUGAUCCGGUUCAGGGCACGGUAGUCUGUGCACAUGCGGAGUUUCGAGGUGUCGGUCUUCUUAACGAAGAGACAACUGGUUCCGAAGGGGGAGGAACUAGGCUUAAUGAAUCCUUUCUCAAGGAGUUCAUUAAGUUGUCGCUUCAUCUCUUCGGCCUCGGGGACGGAGAGCUGGUACGGGGGGCGACAAGGGGGAGAGUGGUCGGGCUCGAGAUCAAUGGUGUGGGAUACACCGCAAUCGGGAGGAAGACCGGCGGGCAAGGACUCGGGGAAGACAUCUUUGAAUUCGGAGAGGAGGGCGGUGAUGUGGGGAUCAGAAGGAGGAUCUUGGUCGGGUUUGUCCGUUGGAAGCAAGUCCUUGGGACGCUCACGAUCGAUGACAAGGCAAUAGCAUUGGUGAUGAAGUUGUCGGUGGCGCCAAUAUCAAGGAGGGCCCGGAACUUCACCGUCGAAGCACCGAGGGAAACGGGAAUGAACUUGAGCUGGAACUGUGCGGAUCCGGCACAAGCAGAGGAGAUCAUAGUGUUGAGGCGGCGUUGCUCGAGGCCUAACCUAAUGAGCCGAUCGUGUUGGGCUCGUUCCUCAACAAGAUCUGUGAAAGUGGUGGUGGAUGGUUUAGGGAGAAGGGUGGAAGAACACGUGGCAGUGGAGGGUUCAUCCGAUGGAAUAGGGGACAUCGUCGGGAGGGGGGCAUGCGGAGUAGACUGCGACGCCUGGAGAUUGUCCGGUGGGAUUGAACUCGUCCAAGGAGGUGGUGGAGGUGGUGUCCUCGGAGGCGAUGUUGUGGAAGAAGCGAGGGCGGGAAGGGGCCGAUGUGGAGGUGAUAAGGGUGGCCCACUGAAGGAAGGUGUGAGGCCGGAGACCGGAGUGGUGGCGAUUAGACAUUUCGGUGUACCACCAGCGAGCCGCGUUGUCCAGAAGUCGGCCGCCAGCGAUGGGGAGCUAGUGGAUGACGGGGAUGCCGUGGAGGGAGAAGGCUUGUUGGAGUUUGGUGAGAAAGAGAAGGACAUCCUCAUGGGGUUGGCCCGAGAAGUUGAGGUGAUAGUGGAGGUGGAUAAGAGGGGUUUUGAUUGGGGGGGGAUGGUUGAUGACUGUGUGACGGCGGGGGUUGUCGCCUUGGGCGAGAGGGGAGGUGGAGUGGCCAUGGUGGAGGUAGUGGUGGAUGAAGAUAGCGGUGAUGUUGAUGUGGAGGUUGAAGCGAAGGCUUGGCCGGAGGAGGGGGUGGUUUGGGGUGUGGAGGAGGGGGGUGUGGUCGUGGUGACGACCGUGAUGGCGGGGGUGUUUCCCUCGAGCGUGGUGACGUGGUCGCAUAUGGCCGACAUGUUGGCCUUUAUGUCGUCGAGAGAGGCGGUGACGGAGGUUCGGAGGGUGUUGAGUGCAUGGAGGAUGGCGGAGAGGUCGGGGGUGGYGGUGUUUGCUGGUGGUUGUUCGCCUGCGAGGUUGCGGGCGAUGCUAUCGACCGAGUCGGUGCGGAUGUCAGACAUGUUGAUGGAGGAUGCGGUCAUGUCGGGGGAAGAGGGGUUGGAGGAUGCGGCCGAAACGGAUGUGGAGGAUGGCGCAGCAGCGGUGGCAGCAGCAGCGGCGGCGGCGUCAGCGGCGGCGCGUUGGGAGUUCUUGGUUUGGCGUGGUGACAUGUGGAGGUGGGGGGGGGAAUUCCUAUUUGCAAGAAUAGAGCGUAAAUUAAUUUGAAUUUAUUCAAAAAUGAUUCGCGAGUGUAUUUUUCAAGAAAAUACGAAAGCAAAAUUUUCAGGAAUUUCCAAAUGAAGAAAGGAAUAAUUCAUUCCGAUAAAAAAAAAAAUUCCGGGGAAAUUUUUUGGAUUUAUGUUCGGGGUAAAAUUUUAUAAUUUCGAAAAGGGGUGAUUAAUUCUGAGUAAAAGAGAUUAAUUCAG